GCGGGGAGGCAGCUGUAUGACUUUGACUUUCAAGACCCUCUUUCCACCAACCCUCCGUGCCCUCUGUCGAAAAGAGCCGUGCCUCCGGAAACAGCACCACUGGCCUGACAACAAGCAGUUCGGUCUGUGGGCAGAGACAGGUCUGCUUCAUGGGUGCUUCCUCUCUCAGAGAAGAAAGCCUGUUGGGUUAUCCCAAGGAGCAAAUAUAAGACUAUGGGCUAUACAGCAGGUUUUCUUGCCAGGAUCGCAUGUGGGACUGUGCAGUGGCCCCUGUGAGAUGGCAGAGCAACGCUUCUGUGUGGACUAUGCCAAACGGGGCACAGCCGGCUGCAAAAAAUGCAAAGAAAAGAUUGUGAAAGGUGUCUGCCGGAUUGGCAAGGUAGUCCCCAAUCCCUUCUCAGAGUCUGGGGGUGAUAUGAAAGAGUGGUACCACAUUAAAUGCAUAUUCGAGAAACUGGAGCGGGCCCGGGCCACUACCAAAAAAAUUGAAGACCUCACAGAAUUAGAAGGCUGGGAAGAACUGGAAGAUAAUGAAAAGGAACAGAUACGUCAGCAUAUUACAGAACUGUCUUCUAAGGCAACAGGCACACCAAAGAAGAAAGCUGUUGUUCAGACAAAGUUGACAGCCACUGGCCAGGUGACCUCUCCAACCAAAGGAUCCUCAUUUGUUACCAAUACCAAUCCCCGGAAAUUUUCUGGCUUUUCAGCCAAACCCAACAACUCUGGGGAAGGCCUUAUAAGCCCUACUCCUAAGACAAGUUUGUCCUCAAGCAAAUGUGAUCCUAAGCACAAAGACUGUUUGCUACGCGAGUUUCGCAAGUUGUGCGCCGUGGUGGCUGAAAAUCCUAGCUACAACACAAAGACCCAAAUCAUCCAAGACUUCCUGAGGAAAGGCUCAGCAAGAGAUGGAUUCCAUGGUGACAUGUACCUAACAGUGAAGCUACUGCUGCCAGGUGUUAUUAAGAGUGUUUACAACUUGAAUGAUAAGCAAAUUGUUAAGCUCUUCAGCCGUAUUUUUAAUUGCAACCCAGAUGACAUGGCACGAGACCUAGAACAGGGUGACGUGUCAGAGACAAUUAGAGUCUUCUUUGAGCAGAGCAAGUCUUUCCCCCCAGCUGCCAAGAGCCUCCUUACCAUCCAGGAAGUGGAUGAAUUCCUCCUUCAGCUCUCCAAGCUCACAAAGGAGGAUGAGCAGCAACAGGCCCUGCAGGACAUUGCUUCUCGGUGUACUGCUAAUGACCUUAAGUGCAUCAUCAGGCUAAUCAAACAUGACCUGAAGAUGAACGCAGGUGCAAAGCAUGUGUUAGAUGCCCUCGACCCUAAUGCCUAUGAAGCUUUCAAAGCUUCACGCAACUUACAGGAUGUGGUUGAAAGGGUCCUCCGCAACCAGCAGGAGAACGAGCCUGGCCAAAGACGGACCCUGAGUGUUCAGGCCUCACUGAUGACCCCCGUACAGCCCAUGCUGGCUGAGGCCUGCAAAUCCAUUGAGUAUGCUAUGAAGAAGUGUCCCAAUGGCAUGUUCUCAGAGAUCAAGUAUGAUGGGGAGCGAGUACAGGUGCAUAAGAAUGGAGACCACUUCAGCUACUUCAGUCGCAGCUUGAAGCCUGUCUUGCCUCACAAGGUGGCCCAUUUUAAGGACUUUAUCCCCAAGGCAUUCCCUGGAGGCCACAGCAUGAUCUUGGACUCAGAGGUGCUCCUUAUUGACAACAAGACAGGCAAACCACUGCCCUUUGGAACUCUGGGAGUACAUAAGAAAGCUGCUUUCCAGGAUGCUAAUGUUUGCUUGUUUGUUUUUGACUGUAUCUACUUCAAUGAUGUCAGCUUGAUGGACAGACCUCUAUGGGAAAGACGUAAGUUUCUUCAUGACAACAUGGUUGAGAUUCCCAAUCGUAUCAUGUUCUCAGAAAUGAAGCAAGUCACGAAAGGUUCCGAUUUGGCUGACAUGAUAAACCGGGUGAUCCGGGAGGGUCUGGAAGGGCUGGUGCUAAAGGACAUGAAGGGCACGUAUGAGCCUGGAAAGCGGCACUGGCUGAAAGUGAAGAAAGACUAUUUGAAUGAGGGUGCCAUGGCUGACACAGCUGACCUGGUGGUCCUCGGGGCCUUUUAUGGGCAAGGGAGCAAAGGUGGCAUGAUGUCCAUCUUCCUCAUGGGCUGCUAUGACCCACAUAGCCAAAAGUGGUGCACAGUUACCAAGUGUUCUGGAGGCCAUGAUGAUGCCACACUCGCCCGUCUGCAGAAGGAGCUGGACAUGGUGAAAAUUAGCAAGGAUCCCAGCAAAAUACCCAGCUGGCUGAAAAUCAACAAGAUCUACUACCCUGACUUCAUUGUCCCAGAUCCAAAGAAAGCUGCUGUAUGGGAGAUCACAGGGGCUGAAUUCUCCAAAUCCGAGGCUCACACUGCCGAUGGCAUCUCCAUCCGAUUCCCUCGAUGCACCCGCAUCCGAGAUGACAAAGACUGGAAAUCUGCCACUAACCUCCCCCAACUCAAGGAGCUGUACCAGCUGUCGAAAGAGAGGGCAGACUUCACUGUGGUGGCCGGAGAUGAAGGAAGCUCCUCUACAGGGGGCAGCAGCGGAGAGAAUGGGGGUGCCUCAGAAUCCCCUCACAAGGCUCCCACUACCAAGAAGGCAGGAGAGAGGCUGAGCAGCCCCAAGAGCAAAGGCGGUAAAAAGGGGGAAGGCGACAAGUGGGGCACAAAGCAUGGCCCUGUGAAUGUGCAUGAGAAACAAGCUGCAAAGUCUCCCAUGGGGCUGGGAAAGAAGCGGAAGGCUGAGGUGGCUGAGACUGAGACUCUGAGCCAAACCAAGGUACUGCUGGACAUCUUCACUGGCGUGCGGCUCUACCUGCCACCCUCCACUCCCGACUUCAGCCGUCUCAAACGCUACUUUGUGGCUUUUGAUGGGGACCUGGUACAGGAAUUUGACAUGGCUUCAGCCACACACACACUGGGGAGCAGGGACCAGAACCCUGAGGCCCAGCAGGUCUCCCCAGAAUGGAUUUGGGCAUGCAUCCGGAAACGGAGACUAGUAGCCCCCUGCUAGGCUCAAGGCCAUUCCUUUCCUCUGGGCCAUCUCUUCCCCACCCUCGACACAUACACUUCUGGGAGCUGGCUGGGCCCAGAGGACAGUGAGGAUGAGCUUUCUUCUGCAAGCAGUACGUCUUCCAGACCACACACCGUGCAUGGGCUCAUUCAGACUAAAAGUCGCUGUGGGUGCUGUUGGUGACGUGAGCUCCCCUACUGGUUUAUAUAGAUCUUUCAGAUCUGGGUGCUGGUUUUC